UAAUUAGCAUUUGAUUGAUUUGAAUUUUGAAAUUUCUUUCUUAAAUUUCUUUCGUAAUUUUCUGCUAUUAUUAUUUAUUUUGAAAUAUGAUCUUACAACCAGUGUUUUGUUUACCUUCAGAGUCUCUUUUGUUCUUUUUAAAGUUUAAACUGUAGAUUUCGAGUUCGUUGCGGACCGUGACUUUACUUGUUAAAGCGACUGAGGGUGUUUUGUUUCUUUUCAUUUUGUUUGUUUGUCAGCGGGACGUUUCUCACACGGUGCUCUAUCCUGCGAAUCAUUCCACGUCGCACCAUGGGAGAAGAAUCUGCCGGAGCGCCGACUUCCAGUACCGAUCCGCGGAAACCGAGUCUCAUUGCUUUCGAUAUGGAUUAUACACUUUGGCCUUUUCAUGCCGAUACAAAUCCUUAUCCACCUUUGCGUUUGGAUAAAGAUGGAAAAAUCAGAGACCGCAUGAACGCUGUGUUCGCCCCGUACCCGGGAGUCGGGGAUUUUCUGGAGGAGUUGCACGAGCAGGGAACGAAUCUGGCUUUGGUGAGCAGAACUGAAGCUCCACCGGUCGGAAAGGAUAUGAUACGCUAUCUCAACUGGACACGAUUUUUCAAAUAUCAGGAAAUUUAUCCUGGAAAGAAGACGACGCAUUUUCACAAGAUCCGAAAAGAUAGCGGAGUGGAAUUUAAGGAUAUGCUGUUCUUCGAUGAUGAGUACCGAAAUAUUCGGGAUAUCAGUGCACUGGGUGUUACGUGCUUCUAUGUGGAGGAGCCCAUGAGCCGAAGUUUGUUGAAUAAAGCCAAGAUCGACCAGUUGACCACCUUGUGUUGUAACAGCCAGUCCACUGGUUCUAAUGGCCCUUGUAAAAUUACGGAAACUGCGACGAAAUGCAGCAAGAAGAGCAAUCCUUGCGAACCGGCAAAAUUAUCCGCGUUUGAUGAAUUGAUACUGGACGGUUUGGAUCGUUACGCAGUAAUCGGGGAAUUACUUUUUCAAUUCGAACGGCGUGUCUUUACCUGCGUCGUACCAAAAUGUCAGAGAUUUUACGGCUAUGCUGUACGCAACAUCGAUCAACUGAUAGCGCGAGAGGAUAGCGGCUUGGAUAGAGCAGAGUUCCGCUGCAAUCUCAGCAAACUGAAUAAUAAGUUGCGACCUUUCGGAUAUCUCCCUUACUUCCACAGCGAACUGUCUUGCGCCAUUAUUAAUGAAUAUGGUGUUCUGGCAAGAUCGGCUAGUGAAAUUCGCGCCAUGUCGACACGUUUGGAAAACACACCCUUUUUACGUAGAUUAAUUUGCGCAACUAUUCCUUCAAAUUUGUUAAGCGAUGUUUUGGUCCUCUUCGAUUGUUUAUUGUAUCUUUGUGACGGCGGAAAAGUGUUUUGUUAUUGACCGGAGUUCUGACAUUGGUGGAUCUGACGGGAAUUUAUUUCCUUGUUGACGGUAUUAGUUUAGUAACACACUGCUUUAAAUGCAUGUUUAAUUCUUUUAAUUUUUAUUGUUUAUGUUUUACCAGUUAUUCAUGCAGUGAGUGCAUUGCUUGAACAAAAACACUAAUGUGGUGAUUUA